UUUGAAGUUUAAAUUUACAAAUGGAGGGAAUUAAUAUAGACGUAAGGUCUUCAAAUUGAGAGUUUGAGUAUCAAAGUCAACUCCUACCAGCACAAAAAAUUCAGGAUGAUGAUAUAGAAGAUAUUAUCGAUGAUCCAGCUAGAUUUCAUAGGAAAUUACUAGAGUGCGGAAUUAUUGAUCCAGAUUACGCAGAAUUUUUGACUGAGCUUAACCAUACCGGAAAAUAUGAAAAAGAUAGCCAUCAAAGAGCUGACCAAUAUUAUAUGAAAGAACUUGAUAGAGUCAAGUAUUACUAUGAGAGCCAAACACAGAAUUUUAGGGAAGAUACUGAACAAGCUAUGAAUAAACUCCAAGAAGAAAAUCAAACUCUUUACGAAAAAUGUAAUUUCUUGACAGAACAAUUAAACCAGCUUCAGUCAGAUAAACCAAAGAAGAUUCCUGGUCGUCUGACUACUAAAAAUACUUUCCAAAGACGAAGUUCAGAAAAUUCUCAAUUCAAGGGAAAAUAUAAGAAUAUUUGGAAAAAUCCAAGCACACCCAGAAAUGAUAACACUAGUCAGUCCAGAGAAUAUGAGGACUCACAAAUACAAUUAGAAGCUGCUAACACAAAACUCAAGAAGAAAGUAGAUGAACUCACAAGCAGAGCGAAGAGACUCAAGUCUUCAUGGGAAACCAAGAUCGAAGAACAAAAGAAGGAAAUCCAAUCUCUUCAGACAGACUCUAAGGAACUCAGAACAAAGCUGUCUCAGCAAAAAUCUAAAAGCCUAAGAGAUAUUGCUAAACAGAAGGAUAUUAAUUCAAAAUUGGAGAAAGAAGUUGACUUGCUAAAUAAGUCACUAAGAGACCUUGAAAAGGAAAAGAUUCAGAUAAAAAACAGACUAGAAAGAACCCUUGCUGAAAAAUCAUCAAAAUAUAGAGAUAACAACAGAGCAGAUUUGUCUAGAAGCGGGGCUAGAUCUCAGAACGAUGCUGAUCUUUACAAUAAGAAUGCUAGAUAUAGCACAAAGCCACAAAUACAGCCUAUUUCUAACAGGAAGAGCUCCCAUAUUUCAAAAAGAGAAAACAGGCUGUUUUCGUCAACUAAUUCCUUACAACCAUUCAACUUGUUCAAAACUACUAAGAAUUCCAAAGCUAAAAAUUCUGGCAAAGACAGAGUAAAUUCUAAUGUAAACAGAGUUAAAAGUCCUAAAGACUCAAACACUUCAACGAAACAUAAAACUUGUUCAAGGAAAGGUAUCUGUAGCGUUGGGCUUAGUAAGAGAGAGUGAAGACGUAAUCAUUCUAAAGCUAGUGGAUCAUCAAAUAGCCUUAAUAGAACAAGUCUACAAUUUAAGUCCACUACUUCAGCAAUGAAUAAGAUUAAAGAUAUGUGCCAAAUGAUGGUGGACAGUUGAUCUAGACUAGAAUGAGCCCGUUGAUUCAACAUGUAUCCUCCAACUGACUUCCUUGAUCACAUCAAUACAAAAGAUCAAUGUAAAAUAAAUUAUGCUAACCCAGAUAUGCUCAGCAAUGAGAAUGAGAGAACUCUAGACUCUCAAUCGCCUGUCAUCAAGAAAAGCAAAAAGAAGAACAACAAAAAAGAAAACAAUCUAGAUGAAAUCAAUCCGAUGAGUGAAAGAGGAUCAAUGGGAUCGAUUAAAAAGAGCAUGAGAUCUUCUAUCAAAAGAAGGAUGCUCCCUCCUCAAGAUAGAACAAUGAAAGAAGGAUCAAUAGCUCAUUAUUCAAAUCUCUCUUAUCGAGAUCGUUCUUAUAAUGAAGAAAACUAUAACAAUAGGAAUAAUCAGACUCUGAACAACCUUCAUCUGAGAGAUAGUCUAUCAUGCAAAAAUAACUUAAACCCUCGAAAAAAGAUCUAUGAUGGUGUCCACCAAAGUAUGGAUACAAAUACAAAUAUGCUUAGAAACUCUGUAAUGACUCCUGUAAAUAAUCAUGCUAACGGAUCUUUUGUGCUUCAACCUCACUGCCAAGGGCCCAUAUUACAGAGCCAGUGCAAUUUGAACUAUACUCCGAAUUGAUACCAUUACCAGCAAGAUCCCUCAGUUAUAGACUCUCAGACUUAUGGGCCUACUAUUGAGGACAGGCUUGAGAAUACUGAAAAGCUGAUUCAAGAGAUGAAUAACAAAUUUGAGGGUUUAACCUCUCCAAAACAGUCAGCCAAAAAUGAAUUCAACAAACUUGUGAAGACACUCACUAUGAACUCUGCUUUACAAGACUACAACGUGGAUAGUGAUAGUGAAAAUGAACACAAUUCAGAACAAAGCUCUAUCGACGAAGAGACUCUCAACAUGAAUCAGAGAGAUCUGAAGAAAUAUUUUAAGCAAAAUAUGAAGAAACAGAAGACAGAUCGUGAGAAUUCUUCCGAAGAAAUGCAUUCCAGUAGGAAUAUGCCCUCACAAAAAUAUCCUGAUAGGGCUCAUUUUUCUAAUUCAAGAUAUGAAAAUGUUGAAGAUGACGAGCUUGAUCAGCUCUAUUCUAGUAAAAGAAACAAGUAUGAGUCCUCUGAAGAGAGAUCUAAUGGGUAUGACCAGAAUGAGCAUAAUGAAGAGUCUUCAAGCGAUCAACUUUAUGAAAAAGCUAAGAAUGCUAUCAACAGAAGGAAAAUGAUGAUAUCUUCAGAGCAAAAUAGUGAGUUCUUAAAUGAUAUUAGCUCCUCAGAACAUGAAAAUCAGCUACAAAUGCUGAAAAUCAGUAGUAGAAGAGUUGAAAAUAUUCUUAGAAACAAGCAAAAAUAGAAGAAAUCAGCCUAUUUCUAAAGAAGAAACUCUUGAUAAACUCAGACAAAAUAAAAUGUCAGAGGAUUCAGACAGUUGCCAGAUCCAAAUGAGUUCUGAGUUUGAUCAUGAAUCUAUAGAACAAAACAUGUUUAAUGAGAAACAGAAUUCUAGAAAUAAAUUGUACGGGAUAAUGGACACUAAAGAUAUAUUAGAAGGUAGAAAAUUCCAUCAAACUACUUCUUCAGGAAACCUUGUGCUUUAUGAUAGCGUAGAGAGAAUGUCUUCCCAAAGCCCUCAGGAAUAUAUUAAUCCUGAAUAUAUUCAAAGAUUAACCCAGAAAGAGAAUUAUCCUCAUGAUUCUGAUGAAGAUGAUCUCCUUGAAGAUGACAAUAUUGCAGAUGAAAAUAUUGCCUACAUUGACCAAGACUAUGAAGAAGAGGAAACAGAGGAGCAAAUAAGAUACAGAAGAGGGCUUAAUCAAUAUGUCAACCAGAUGAGCCAAUCAAAGUUUAAAAAUUAACUAAAAU